GUGGCAGGUUGAGUAUUAAAUGCAUAUAAAUAACUAAAGCCGCGUUUUAGAAUUGUGUUAGCUACAGUGAGAUUAUACAGUUUGACUUAACGACCGUAUCUGCAGCUAACUGACGUUAGUGCCUGGUGUCAGUGCACUGUCUAGUGUGUGUAUGUGUGUGUGUGUGUGUGCGCGGUUGCCAGCCGUCACUGCAACAUUUGGGACAGCUUGAAAUUUAGUACUGCAAGGCUGGCAUAGAAAAUGGCAUCAAUAGCAGCGACACAUGAGCCAGGCUCCAUACCGCUGGCCGACGCUUUAGUUCCCGCCAGUAUAUUUGCUCCAGACCGCGGAGGAUGCGGGGACGACACCGGGGACGAGUGCUUCGAGGACGGGGACAUGAUGAAUGGCGAGCCCGAGGACCGCGGGGUUGACUUCACCAACAAGCUGGCACUUGUUAGCCCAAAUGGAGAGCAGUAUGACUCGUUACUCCGCCAGCUACGGGACAGGAUGGAAGAGGGAUGUGGAGAGACCAUCUAUGUCGUUGGGAUGGGCUCAGAUGGUGGUGACUGGGGUCUGGAUGAAAAGGAUAUGGAGGCCUCAGUGGCCACAGUGUGCUCCAUGUGUGAGCAACUAGAUGCUGACCUUAUUCCGCUCCGAGAGCGCAAUGAGGCAGCCGGUUUAGUGCGCGACUAUCUGAUCCGCCGGCGCGUGGGUGAGCUGGACUUCCUGGAGGUCAGGGUUGCAGUGGUGGGUAACGUGGAUGCUGGUAAGAGUACUCUGCUGGGAGUACUAACACACGGAGAGCUGGACAAUGGCAGGGGCUUUGCCCGUCAGAAGCUCUUCAGACACAAGCACGAGAUGGAGAGUGGCAGGACCAGCAGUGUGGGCAACGAUAUCCUGGGGUUUGACCAGGAGGGACAGGUGGUGAACAAACCAGAUAGUCAUGGAGGAAGCCUGGACUGGACUAAGAUCUGUGAGAAGUCCUCCAAGGUCAUCACCUUCAUAGACCUGGCUGGCCAUGAGAAAUACCUCAAGACCACCGUGUUUGGGAUGACUGGACACUUACCUGACUUCUGCAUGCUCAUGGUGGGCAGUAAUGCAGGUAUCGUAGGGAUGACCAAAGAGCACCUGGGACUGGCCUUAGCCCUGAAUGUGCCUGUGUUUGUAGUGGUAACAAAGAUAGACAUGUGUCCAGCCAACAUCCUGCAAGAGACACUGAAGCUGCUCCAGAGAUUACUGAAGUCCCCCGGCUGUAGGAAAAUCCCUGUCCUGGUACAGAACAAGGAUGACGUCAUAGUCACGGCUUCAAAUUUCAGUUCAGAGAGGAUGUGUCCCAUCUUUCAGAUCUCCAAUGUGACCGGCGAGAACAUGGACCUGCUCAAGAUGUUCCUCAACCUGCUCUCCUCCAGGACCUCCUACCGAGACGACCAACCCGCUGAGUUUCAGAUAGACGACACCUACUCUGUGCCGGGAGUGGGAACAGUAGUAUCAGGAACUACAUUACGUGGACUCAUACGACUGAAUGAUACAAUGCUACUUGGGCCGGACCCCUUGGGCAGCUUCAUCUCUAUUGCCGUGAAAUCAAUCCACCGCAAAAGAAUGCCUGUGAAGGAGGUCCGAGGUGGCCAGACUGCAUCAUUUGCUCUCAAAAAGAUCAAGCGUUCGUCCAUAAGGAAAGGCAUGGUGAUGGUUUCCCCAAGGUUGUGCCCUCAGGCCACUUGGGAGUUUGAGGCUGAGAUCCUGGUACUGCAUCAUCCCACUACGAUAUCCCCCAGAUACCAGGCUAUGGUCCACUGUGGCAGCAUAAGGCAAACAGCCACCAUCUUGUCCAUGAACAGAGACUGCUUACGGACAGGAGACAAGGCUUCAGUCCACUUCCGCUUCAUCAAAACCCCAGAGUACCUGCACUGCGACCAGAGGCUGGUUUUCAGGGAGGGACGUACCAAGGCUGUGGGUACCAUCACUAAGCUGCUGCAAUCCACCAAUAAUUUGCCAUCAAAUUCCAAACCUCCACAAAUCAAAAUGCAGUCUACAAAGAAGGCACCACUCCGAAAAGAGGACGGCACCGCGGCAGCCAGUGACGACGUUGCAACGAUAGCACAGUCAGCAGGCCCGAGCACGACGCAACCGCCAAAGUCUGGAGGAGGUGGAAGGAGAAGGGGUGGCCAGAGGCACAAAGGAAAAGGCCAGAACAGCAGCACCAACUCUACAGCAGCUCCCUCCUCGUCAGGAAUAGGAGGCUCCUGAACUGCCCUCUUGUCCCCUGUAAACCUCCCUCUCUGCUAUCACUCCACCAAGUGUCUUCAUUCCACAAACCAUGAAGGAUGCAGAUGUUUGGAGCAAGACACUCCUCACUCUUAUUAUGCCUUUUUACACCAGGUCCUAUAGUUUUUUUUUUGUUUUUUUUAAAGGGAACACAAAGGGGUAUGUCCCAAACCAAAAGGCAUACAGCCCGAGCGCAUUUUAAUGUCAGCUGCCUUUACUAUUUUGAAUGCUUUUGGUGAUGGUUUGGGGUGUGGUUUUUGAGGUUGGCCUCACUCUGGAUGAUGAUUUAAUUUUUAUCUGUAUUUCAUGUGUCCAUGAAAUCUACAAUUCAGUCCUCUGGCUCCAUGUCAGUGGCAGGGAGGGAGGCUAAACCCAAAACAAGGGUCCAGUACCAAUAUGAGCAGCUAUAAAUGAUCAUGCAUUCCCUGUGUAUUUGCAAUGAAAAACAUUUCAUGUACUAUUUAUACUGCAUAUGUAAAUUAGCUGUUAGUUGUGCUCGGAUUGGAAAGAUGCCAUUGUACAAAAUGUAUGCAAAUCAUAAAUGAAUGUAGCAGAGGGCACAUAGUGAUUUCAAAUUCUAGAUAUAUGGAAAAUAUAAGCUGUUACAUCUUAUAACUGUCAGUUAUUUAUUUGGCAUACAUGCAGAACGUUCACACUGGUGGUCUUUGAUCUUUCAACCUACUCUCACUUGCACUUUUAGAUUGAGUAGUAUCUGUCACGCUACCACUGUCAAUCAGCCAUGUUCCAGACCUUAUACCAAUCGUGUUAGUACAAACAAAUAUAGCACAUAAUCUUGUCACUCCAACAGUUGCUAAUGAUUAUAAGACAUGCAGUACUUGCAGUGCUACUUGUAACUCUAGUACCCCAUGCGUUAUGGCCUGUUGCUGUUAUAACAUGUUGUGACAUUUUAACACACACUGCAGCUAAAAACUGACCAUUAAUAAACAAGCUUUACUGAACUUUUCAACAGUGCCUCUC